AUGGAGCUGUAUAAGGAAAACUCCUUAUGGGGCGUUCUCCCCAUAGGUGGAAGGAUCGACCACGCUCACCACAGCAACAACGCCAUCCGCGCGCUCUCAGAAACUGUUUCGAUGGCAGAGGCCGUGCAAGCUGCCGUCAACAUGACGUCCUCGCGGGACACACUGAUCGUCGUGACGGCAGAUCACUCCCACGUGCUGACAGUCAACGGCUAUCCCAAGCGCGGGAACCCCAUCCUGGGCAUCGCUGGGACGUCAGAAAAAGACAACAAAACUUACACGACACUGAUGUACACGAACGGGCCGUCCUAUCAUAUGGUUGACGGACAGAGAAGAAAUCUCAACGGUACAAAUACUGGUUCAAGAAGUUUCUUCCAAGAUGUAGCGAUCCCGUUACCAGACGAAACCCACGGUGGAGAAGACGUUCCAAUUUACGCAACAGGUCCCAUGGCCCAUCUAUUCAGAGGUGUUGUCGAACAGAAUUACGUAGCACAUGUCAUGGCAUACGCCGCUUGCAUUGGAAGGAACAAAGAACACUGUCAACGCGUUGGAGAGCGGCUGCCACUAGUAGAAGUGAACAACGGAAUGUUGUUGAAAUCAGGGUGUUCUUGGAUUAUUCUUCUGGCCUUCCAUGUGAUUCUUAGCAGGUGGCUUUGUUCCAGGCAGUAG